CAGCUGUGCACCUGUAGGGAAGACUGACCGACACACACAGAGAUACUCCUGUAAAUGGGGUGUCAAAGUGUGAAAAUGAGGCACUUUCAGCUUUGUCUUGUCCUUUUUGGAUUUGGCUUUAUCACAGUGACAAACAGCCAGUAUACGGAUGCCACACUAAAUAACACCCUCAGCUGUUCAGGGAUUCCCCUCACAGAUGUCCCCAAUCUCAAGGGAUUCACAGACGCCACCUUUGAUUUGUACACUGCACUGAGAUCCAAAGUUUCAGUGAGUCCCAAUGUCAGCAGCGUAAUCAACUCCAUCAGGAAUGGAUCUCAACUGUCGGUUUCGUUAAAUGAUUCUACUUAUGCAACAACUUAUUUCAACCUGAAGUUAAAUGCAUACCUCCCAUCGUCAUUGCCCAAAGAGACCCUCUUCUGUCUGAGUCAAAGCAGCUUAAGCUGCGAUACCUUUCAAUUUUUUGUAAGAAAGUUUGAUGCGUUAACUAGCCCUGAAAGUGAAAAGAUGGUAUAUCAGAACUUCAUAAAAUCAUUCCUGACAAGAAAAGAUAUUGAUGUUCGCUGCAGCAACACAUCUGAUCAGGAAUGGCUUUUGCAAAACUUCCAGGGUUUUUCCACUUAUGCAACAUAUGAAGAUUUUCUAACUUUGAAGCCAGACUUCAAUGGGAUGAAUGUCUCAGCACAGCUCACCCCAGAGCAGAGAGCCGGGUUGGCAUUUAAUCUUCUUGCAUCUGGUACUUUAAACAAUGAUUCUGCCUAUUCGAUAUUCAACAGUUUCCAGACUGAUCUCCAGGGCGUAACAGUUAACCUAACCAUCGUGAAUUCAAAUGAAACUACUAAGACUCUCAAUGACUUUCUGGUUUUACUGAAACCAUUGGGAAGAUUCAUCCAAUCAUCAGUGAAUAAAAUUAUAAAAACACCCAGUCUCAGUGGCAAUGUAACACAGCUGUUGAACUUCACGCUGAGCUAUCUUCCUCUAAACGGGUCUGUUAAUAGCACAUUAAGUGCUAUGAACAGCAGCAAUAUUAUUGACUGGACACAGAAUAUCAUUGUUCCUAUGGUGCAAAAAUAUCUAGCAAGUGGCCAGACUUUAACAAACAGCACCUCAGACAUAAGCAGCAUUGUCUUUGCCACGGACCCUCCGCUCACAGAUCCUGCUGAUAUCUGCACAGUGCCCAGCAGUAACAGCACUUGUCGUACUACAGAACGGUUUGCCAAAGCACUGAACUGUGUUGCUUCUUUAAAUCUAACUGUAUCUGAAGACAACCUGCGACUUCUGAUCGCAGGACUGAACAAACAAGUGCUGACAGCGGCCAAUCAGUCCACAGGGAACUCGAGCAACCUUUCAGCUUUAUAUGGCGAACUUCCAACUGACAGCUUUACACCUGAAAAUCUGGAUGAUGUGGAUUUCAUGAACUUUUGGUUUCAAAUCAAGAUGACACCCUUAUUACCCACUGUCCCGGGAGAAUACCUGUCUUGCUUGAGCACACGAGAGUUCAGCUGUCAGGUCUACAGGCAACUUGUUGUUGGUUUAAGUAACAAUAGUGCAUUGAUGGGCAAUCUGACCCAAGCAGUCUACACUAACCUUAUCCGUCCAUUCCUGACAAGAAGACUAAACACAAGUGGUGACUGCACACUCAACAACAGUGUGGACUUCAUCCUGCAGAAUUUGGGGGGCUUCUCUGCUUUUGCACAGCUUCAAGAUUUCUACAAUUUAAGCCUUAAUUUCUCAGCCCUGGAUGCUAUUCCUGCUCUCUCAGUGGAUCAACUAAGUCAACUCGUGUUCACACCUCCCGCUGGUGUAGGAGACAGAAAUGAAGUCCUCCGAAGAGUCUUUGACUUCCUUCUUCAAGCAUCUAACAGAGACAAACUUAUCAAAUUCCUGCCCUCUCUUCAGAAACAAGCCCGCCUGGCAAACUUCAGUUGUGAAAAUUACAGAAACAUUUUUGACAGAAUAGAUCAGGCUUUAUCAUCACUCCUACCUAACCAGACUGACGCUCUGCUGACUAUUAGAGAUUUAAUAAUGAUGAUUCCUCCUGAUGAGUGCAUAUUGAGAGCCAGUCAAUGCGCAGUAACUCCUGUAAAUGAAACGGCCAUCUGUGCAAGUGUCAACAGCUCUGCUUUGAGUCAGUUCUUGAAUACAGAAACUGUGAAUGCAACAGGAUCACUAAAUGUUUGCAACUUCAGUGUCCAGCAGUUUGCCUGUCUGCCAAUGGUUUCAAAGUUGAACCCUCAACAAGUUGCUGAUCUGUUGGCCUGUUCACCGUCCAGCAAUGUGACAAAAGACACCUGGAAGCUUUUCUUCAGCAAACUCGGCACACAACUUGAUGAUGCUCUCCAGAGAUUUACUAACAUGACUCAGAGUCCCAGCAACGUCUCCUUGUCCAGUGUUAUGGACGUGAUCGUUGAGGUCCGAAUUGAUCGCUUGAGUCCCCAGAGACUGAGAGAUCCUGUCUUCGUUGGCACAUGGAUGCAGGGGAAACUAAGACCUUUCUUACCAUCAAUAUCUUCAGGAGCUCUGUCCUGUCUCAGUAACAAAAACUUCAGCUGUGAAAGUUAUCGUGCUAUUUUUAUGGUGCUUAAUAAUAAUACUGGACCGAUGGGCAAUCCAACUCAAAAUCUGACCUACACAAACUUCAUUCGUCCAUUCCUGACACAAACAUUGAACUCAGAUGGUGGCUGCAUGUUGCCAUUUAGCAACAGUUUGGACUUCAUCCUGCAGAACUUUGCGAUCUUCUCUCCCUUUGCACAACUUCAAGAUUUCUACAAUUUAAGCAGCAAUUUCUCAGCCCUGGAUGCUCUUUCUGUUCUCACACCGAUGCAACUGAAUGAUUUGGUGUUCAGACCUCCUGCCAGAGUAGGAGACAGAAAUGAAGUCCUCAGAAGAGUCUUUGACUUCCUUCUUCAACCAUCUAACAGAGACAGACUCAUCCACUUCCUGCCCGUUCUUCAGUCACAAGCACGCCUGACAAACUUCAGUUGUGAAAAUUACAGAAACAUUUUUGACAGAAUAGAUCAGGCUUUAUCAUCACUCCUUCCUAACCAGACUGACGCUCUGCUGACUAUUAGAGAUUCAAUAAUGAUGAUUCCUCCUGAUGAGUGCAUAUUGAGAGCCAGCGAGUGUGCAGUAACUCCUGUAAAUGAAAUGGCCAUCUGUGCAAGUGUCAACAGCUCUGCUUUGAGUCAGUUCUUGAAUACAGUAACUGUGAAUGCAACAGGAUCACUAAAUGUUUGCAACUUCAGUGUCCAGCAGUUUGCCUGUCUGUCAACGGUUUCAAGGUUGAACCCUCAACAAGUUGCUGAUCUGUUGGCCUGUUCACCGUCCAGCAAUGUGACAAAAGACACCUGGAAGCUUUUCUUCAGCAAACUCGGCACACAACUUGAUGAUGCCCUCCAGAGAUUCACUAACAUGACUCAGAGUCCCAACAACGUGUCCUUGUCCAGUGUUAUGGACGUGAUCGUUGAGGUCCGAAUUGAUCGCUUGAGUCCCCAGAGACUGAGAGAUCCUGCCUUCGUUGGCACAUGGAUGCAGGGGAAACUAAGACCCUUCUUACCAUCAAUAUCUUCAGGAGCUCUGUCCUGUCUCAGUACCAAAAACUUCAGCUGUGAAAGUUAUCGUGCUAUUUUUAUGGUGCUAAAUAAUAAUACUGGACCGAUGGGCAAUCCGACUCAAAAUCUGACCUACACAAACUUCAUUCGUCCAUUCCUGACACAAAGACUGAACUCAGGUGAUAACUGCACAUUGCCAUUUAGCAACAGUUUGGACUUCAUCCUGCAGAACUUUGGGGUUUUCUCUCCUUUAGCACAACUUCAAGAUUUCUACAAUUUAAGCGGCAGUUUCUCAGCCCUGGAUGCUCUUUCUGUUCUCACACCGGUGCAACUGAAUGAUUUGGUGUUCAGACCUCCUGCCAGAGUAGGAGACAGAAAUGAAGUCCUCAGAAGAGUCUUUGACUUCCUUCUUCAACCAUCUAACAGAGACAAACUCCACAACUUCCUCCCCGUUCUUCAGUCACAAGCACGCCCGUCAAACUUCAUCUGUGAAAAUUACAGAAACAUUUUUGACAGAAUAGAUCAGGCUUUAUCAUCACUCCUACCUAACCAGACUGACGCUCUGCUGACUAUUAGAGAUUCAAUAAUGAUGAUUCCUCCUGAUGAGUGCAUAUUGAGAGCCAGUCAAUGUGCAGUAACUCCUGUAAAUGAAACGGCCAUCUGUGCAAGUGUCAACAGCUCUGCUUUGGAUCAGUUCUUGAAUACAGUAACUGUGAAUGCAACAGGAUCACUAAAUGUUUGCAACUUCAGUGUCCAGCAGUUUGCCUGUCUGCCAAUGUUUUCAAAGUUCAACCCUCAACAAGUUGCUGAUCUGUUGGCCUGUACACUGUCCAACAAUGUGACAGUGACAAAAGACACCUGGAAGCUUUUCUUCAGCAAACUCGGCACACAACUUGAUGAUGCACUGCAGAGAUUCACAAACAGGACUCAGAGUCCCAGCAACGUCUCCUUGUCUGAUGUUCUGGAUGUGAUCGUUGACGUCCGAAUUGAUCGCUUGAGUCCCCAGAGACUGAGAGAUCCUGCUUUCAUUGGCACAUGGUUUCAGGGAAGACUAAACCCCUUCUUACCUUCAGUAUCUCAAGGAUCUCUGUCCUGUCUCAGCACCAAAAACCUAACUUGUGAAACUUAUCAAAGAAUUGUUGGAGCUUUCGUAAAUGUAGUUCCACAAGACGGCCAAGACAUCUGCAAACCCCUGCAAUCCACAACAAUCACCCAAAGACAGGAUCUGAUCUACACACAAUUCAUUAACGCUUUCCUCUCUCGCAACGACACUGACGAUCCCAGAUGUCUUAGAGAUACAGCCAACAGCUCACAGUGGCUUGCUAGAAACUUUGGUCCGUUUGCGCAGUCAGCUCGUCUAAUGGCCCUUCAGACACUCAACAAAAACUUUACAGCUGUGGAGGUUCUGCCUUCUUUGACUGUGAGACAACUAUCUGAGUUUGCUGCCACUCCUGGAUCACUGACAGAGCCUUCAGGUGUCAACAACACGAUGCAAUACGUUAAGGAUUGCCAGUUGGGUGUUUUCUUUGACCUGUUUUCUCCAGCAGUCCAGGGCGUCCCGCUGACACAAGAUGUGAAAGCCGCACUGAUACAACAGAUAUUUAAUAGAGCUAAACUGUCUAAUGUAAACACCAGCAAUGAUGAGGUUCUCAACUGGAUAAAUAUUAGACUAAAUCCUCUGCUAACGAAUCUUACGGACAGCCUCGUCACUCCGCUUUUCGGCAUUCUUGGCACAAGAGACUGCAAUAUCACCCAAGCUGCAGUGAACCUUUUAGAUGUUGUCCGACCUUCAAUGCCAAACAAUACCAAAAGUGCAGUCUACAAUAACAUCCUUCAGUCCUUCAGAGGGCCAGCUCCUCUGAGGUGCUACAGAAACAACAGCUUCAUCGCUUUCUUAAAUGAAAGCCUUUUGGGAUUUGGGCCUCUUCCAAAUGUGACCACCCUUCUCUCUUUGAUUCCACCACCUCGCAUAACAGAGAUUGUGAAUUCUUUAGCUCCUCCUGAGCUAGGAAACUACCUCGCACAACCAAAUGUUGUGGACGGUGAUAGAGAAAUCUGUGUCAUCUUCAAAAACUUGGCCAAAACCCCCGUGUUUAUGGAAACUGUGGACGUACCAGAUAAUGUUAAAAGCAAGAUCCUGCCGUGCGUCUGGCCUCUCGCAUUGUCCAGUGACAAUCAGACUGAGAUUAACUUGUGGUUUGAUCGUAGACUGAGCCUCUAUUUGCAGUUCCUGAACACGGAUAUACUAGGGUCAAUUGACACAAUGAAUGCAUCGUGCCUAUCGUAUAAGAAAAUGGUGAAUGUUUUGGGCAGCCCAUCCUUUAAUUCUUCCCAGCUUAACAGUAUGGAUAUAUACAACAGCGCCAUUAAGACAUAUCUGACUACUGCCUCUCAACCAAAAUGUUUCAAUGUCAAUGACACAAGAUUGAACUCAACUGCCUGGUUCGUCGAUUACAUCGGUGUCAAUUACAUCAACUUUGUGAGCAUAGAUGAUCUGUACUCUUUCGGCUCCGAGACCACGAUUAAACUGUUCAGCGUGAAUCCAGACAACAUAAAGCUGUUCAAUCAAUCAGGAAUUCCCAAGAAUGUUUUAAACCGCUACACCGAGCUCAUCUUCCUGCAAAACUCCAACUUUGAUCUGUUAAGCUUGCCUUCGACAUUGCAGUGCGAUGCCCCUGUGUCAGCCUUCAAUAAUAUAAAUGAAAAUCAGACUAAUGUCAUUCUUGCUAACUUUAAAACAUCUUGCUCCGAUGUGGAUCCUCAAAUAUCUGCUGUCCUUGUUGGAAAAUUACCUAAAACCAUAAACGCUGAUGUUAUUAACAACUUGGGACAAGAAAGUGUCGGACUUACCACAGUACAAAUAAGCAAUGCACCUCCAUCAGUUAUAAUCAGUGGUCUCUCAACGUUGAGCAAUGCGACUGGCUGGAGUUUUGGACAGGCCCAAGCCAUCAUAACAGUGAUCCUUAAUGGAAACUUUCAGCUCAACAGUGGUAGCAGUUUGUUGAGUCUAGGAUCUCUUAUUGGAGGAAUCCCUUCAGAAAAGCUGACUGCUAUUGCUCCACAACAACUUCUUGAAACAUCUCGCAACCCAACAUUUAUUCAAAACAUACUGAUAGCCCCAGAGAUAGUUCAGAGGACCUUUGUGACUCAGAUAAUCAGCAUCAACACAUCUGUGUCUGCUCUAAUGGCAAAUGUUCCCAGUGAGAUGGCCCUUCAAAUUCCAAGAAACCACCUGAUUAUUCCUGACACAGCAGAUCCACAGGUUUUGAAACAAUUUAAUGACAAAAAGUGGAAACCUGAACAGGCAGUUCUGUUCUUUGAUUCCGUCGCUGAGGCGUUAAAUGAUUCUGAAAAACUGUCAGUGGAUGUAUUGCAAGGAUUCACAUGCGCUCGAGUGCAGAGAUUCAGCAAAGUCAAAGUCUCAGGCUUUGUCAGGGCCUGCCGUCACAGAGAAGACAGACCUAAGGUCGUACUGAGUGAGUCUCAGCUGACUUGCAUGUACAACUUAAUCAGAGAUGAUUCGCCAUUGGAUUUUGUCAACUACCCUACAGAUAUGUUGCUGUACUACAAUUAUAACGCGAUCCCAAGAAGCAACUGUACAUCAUAUUUUACUCAAGUAGGAUCAGCCGAUUUCUCAGUCCUCUCGGCCGAACUGCAAGGGAAACGGGACACGCUGUGGAGUAAUGCUCAAGGCUGCCUUAACAUCGUUGGAACAAGUCUAAAGAAAACUGAUUUGGCAGUGCUGGGCAAUUUGGUAUGCGCUGCAAGCAAAGACUACAUUUUAAACUCUGACCCUGAAAUCAUUGAAAACUUGAAGAACUGCAAAGAUCUCUCAGACCUGCAGAUAGCAGCCAUGGAAACAGUUCUCUUGAAUGGAACAUCAAAAUACGGACCACCAAGCACAUGGAACCAGAAAACACUUGCUGAUCUCGGAAAUCUUCCUUUGCAUUUCUCGCAAAAAUUCUGGGCAUCAUUCAAACUGAGUGAUUUAGUCAAGUUCUUGAAAACCUUCCUGAAAUCACUGCGUGACAUUAACACCCCAAAACCCCGAAUGAAGAGACUGUUUAACGCUCUCAUUGUAACUACAACACCCGUUGUAGCCAGGGCAGGCGAAACCUGUACUAAGGGCAACAUCACCAAUAUCGAGAUCAGUGAUAACGCCUUCCCCUUUGGAUAUACUGCAACACAGUUCAAGCUCUGUAUGAGCGCUCAGGUAGCGAGUGACAACCUUGCUGCGCUGUGUGAGAAAAUCGACAUUAGUGAUUUCCAGAGAAUCAUUUUGGACAAACUCAAUGAGAUAUCACCAAAUGGCCUUUCAGAAAGUCAGGUCAAGGUGCUGGGUGCCGUGUCCAGAAAUGCAACAUUGGAUGAAAUAAAUAAAUGGAACAUCACAAAAGCGGACACACUGGCUGCAUUGAUGAAUGCAAACAAUGGUGAAUGGACCUCUGGACAGAGCAACCUUAUCAUUACAAAGUACCUAAAAGCUAACAAUAGUCUGACUGCAACUGAGCUAAAUCUAGUGAAAGGACCAAACCUUUGCUCUCUGGACACCAGCACCUUGAGCUCGAUAUCACCUGAUAGCAUUAAGGGAGCCGAUGCCUUGGAUGUGUCAAAAUGUUCGUCUGAUAACAAGAAAGCGCUCUUCGCCGUUGCUAACAAAGCUUUUCCCAUUCCAUCUACCAGAGUGUCAAGUUCCCUCCUCACGUUAUUUCAGCUUAUUGAGGCCUACCUUGGGGGUGCGGAUUUAUCGUACAUCCAGGGUCUAGCGAAUUUAAAUAUCAGCAUGAGCUUGGCCACCUUUAUGAAACUGGAUCCAAGCGUUGUCACGAAUCUCACCGUGUCUGACGUCAAGGGGCUUCUUGGUAUGAAUUUGCGGGAUCUUAAAACAUAUGAAAAUCAAACGACCGUGCGAAGCUGGAUCUCAUCGCGGCUGCAGUCGGACCUGGAUACUCUGAAUAUCUCACUGAGUGGAGGGAAAGCAACCGCAACUUCACCAACUAACACAGUUGUUACAAAUGCUGCGGCAGUAACUGCUGCUGCCACCACCACUAAAAAACCCUCUUCAGGAGCUCCAGGAAUCAGACCCAGCAAAUGGUCACUUUCAUUCACCAUUUUUGUACUCAUUUUUACUAUCAUCAACGUGGAGAUCACAGAGCACCGCUGAUUCCAAAUCAGACACACGUGUAAUCUCUUUAAGCUGUUGUGAGACUAUA